AUUUUCUUAUAUUUUUCUUGUUUGUUCAGUUCUGAAAGCCUUCGAUUGGAAGCUCCUCCGGUUUCUUUACCAUUUCUCAUUGUUCGUAACGAACGGGGAAGGAUUAUUGCGUUUGUUGAUAACAAGUGUGAUCGAGCGUCUCUGAGUUUCUUUAUGUGUAAUGCCGUCGGUGUGAAUUUACUACGGCUUGAAUUUGCUUGGUUUUGAAUUCUGAUCGGCAUUGGCACCGUACUGAAGGAGUGAGUCGAGAAUCUGAGCAUCUAGGGUUUUUUAUUUUGUUGCUUGGUGUUUAGAUGGGGGCUGUACCUUCUACGCCGCGUCGGACCAACUCACGGCCGCAGGAUACGGUGGAGUAUCUAAUCGGAACUUUUGUCGGAGAGGAGUCGUUUCCUAUUUCCUCUGAUUUCUGGCAGAAAUUGAUUGAGCUUCCUCUUAGCCUGCAAUGGCCGACUGACUCCGUUCAACAAGCUUGCGAGCUUUUAGCAACAAACAACUACAAGACGAGGCAUCUUGCAAAGAUUUUAAUCCACAUGGCAUGGUGCUUGCAAGAGUGCAUUACGAACUCCGGAGCAUCAUCCUUGACUUAUGAGAAGGCAAUUAACGCCGUUUAUGUCUCAUCCGUGUUCUUGAAGCACUUGAUUGAAAAUGCGAAAAGUGACAGGAUUGAAGAGUUAUGUCUGUCCUUAAACGAUACCGAAUCAGCAUCAAAAGAAUUCAUAGGAGAUCAAAAUGUUGAAGUUUUUGUAAUGCACUCUGUUCUUAGCUUUAUUGGUUCGGUUAAUGUAAGCGACGAGAAAUACCUCCUCCAUGUUGAACUGCUUAACUUUAUGCUGAUUGCCAUGUCAACUCAACUUCUCUCUGGUCCAUCUCCGAGACCAAAGGAUUUUAAUCCGUUCAUUGAUGCCGCCAUGGCUCAGGACAGUGCCUUGGUUAUUGUGGUCAUGCGAAAACUACUACUCAAUUUUAUAAGUCGGCCGAACCUACCUUUAAAUAGUUCCUAUCCCAUAUUUUAUGAUGCAAAUCAGUCCGGUGUCUUUCAGAGAGUCAGUUCUGCGGCAGCAAAUUUCGUGUUAAUGCCAUUCAACUACCUUGUCAGUUCAACUUCCCAAGGCUCUGAGAGUCCAUUGGCUGAUUGCAGUCUAAACGUUCUUCUCAUUCUCAUUCAUUAUCGCAAGUGUAUUGUUAGCAAUGAAUCUCUAGCAAGUGGUGAUAAUGUUAGCUUAGAUUCUCUUUUGAAAGAGAAUGCAACCUUUUAUGAUAAUCCGUAUUGCAAGGCCUUAGAAAAUGCAUCUGAUGUUGAAUUUGAUCGUGUUGAUUCAGAUGGUAAUGCACAUAAUGGUCCCUUUGUGCGGUUACCAUUUGCUUUGCUGUUUGAUACUCUUGGAAUGUGCUUGGCUGACGAGGGCUCUGUGCUUCUGCUCUACUCAUUAUUGCAAGGGAAUUCUGAUUUCUUGGAAUAUGUUUUGGUGCGAACUGAUUUGGACACAUUGUUGAUGCCAAUUUUGGAGGCACUCUAUAAUGCUUCAACGAGGUCAUCUAAUCAAAUCUACAUGCUGCUGAUUAUACUUUUAAUUCUUAGUCAGGAUUCUUCAUUCAAUGCAAGCAUUCACAAACUGAUACUUCCUACGGUUCCUUGGUAUAAGGAGCGUCUUCUUCAUCAAACAUCUCUUGGUUCUCUGGUGGUAAUAAUCUUGAUCAGGACCGUACAGUUCAACCUAUCUAAGUUGCGGGAUGUAUAUCUCCAUACAACUUGUCUUGCGACAUUAGCAAACAUGGCUCCUCAUGUCCACCGUUUGAGUUCAUAUGCAUCUCAGAGGCUUGUCAGCCUUUUUGAUAUGCUUUCAAGAAAGUAUAACAGAUCGGCAGAACUCAAAAACAUUAAGGUAGACAAUGCUAAAACCGACUACACAGAAAUCAAUUUCCCAGCAGAUGAUGCGCCCACUGAGAUACAUAUUUAUACCGACUUCUUGAGACUUGUCCUUGAAAUUCUGAAUGCUACUCUGUCUUAUGCUCUACCACGGAAUCCAGAGUUUAUAUAUGCAAUAAUGCACAGGCAGGAAGUAUUUCAACCAUUCAAGAAUCACCCGCGAUUUAAUGAACUUCUUGAGAACAUUUACACUGUAUUAGAUUUCUUCAAUAGCCGCAUAGAUGCUCAAAGAAUGGAUGGUGAUUGGUCAGUAGAGAAAGUGCUGCAGGUUAUCAUUAAUAACUGCAGAUCAUGGCGUGGGGAAGGAUUGAAGAUGUUUACUCAAUUACGUUUCACGUAUGAGCAAGAGAGUCAUCCCGAAGAGUUCUUCAUUCCAUAUGUGUGGCAGCUUGUACUAUCAACCUGUGGAUUCAACUUCAAUGCUGGAGUCAUAAAUUUGUUUCCGGCCAAUCUUCCUUCAGAAAAAGAAGAGGAUGAAGACACAACGGUAGAUGAUAAGCAACCAGAUGGUGAGGCUCAGAAGUUGGCGAUCUACAUCGAUCCUUAGCCAGAUGUUAAGGUAUGACAAUACCUGCUAUCCUCGGUAGAGAUGUGGAUAGUUUAAGGUGAAUAUGUAUAUAGAUGAAAAUAGGUGUGAAAACCGGUUGGGUCGAGUCGGAUUUUCAGCAAAGCCAAUCCAACCCGACCAAGUAUGGUUACAGAACCGACUGAUCCGAUGCUAUUUAGGGUCGGGUCAGGCUUUAUUUAUUUAUUAUUUAUUAUUUAUAUUUUUUACGUAA